UCGAUAAUUACUAUUUUUCUCUGUCCCUCUUUAUCGUCCGCAAUUCAACCCGACAAUCGUUCGACGAUCCCAUAAUUAUCUAUUUCUCUUGGCGUUUUGUUCAAAGUUCAACCGAUUCAACUAUUCUCCGACUUAAGUUUCAUGUCGGGGAAUAUUUUGUAUCGGUGGCGGGUUUCGAAGCUCGUAUAAAUCCGGCAGAAAUUGCGCUUCCCAUGACGACCAUGAAUAACGCAAGCAACGCUGUAAUCAGCGUCAACGGACGUCCCGACGACAUUCGGAAGCACGUGAUCGGUGCGGAAGAGAGGAGGACCGACGACGCCACAACAUGCGGCAACAUCCUUGUCGCAUUGUCCUGGGUUAUCGUCGUCCUGACAAUGCCCUUUUCUCUCUUCGUCUGCUUCAAGGUCGUUCAGGAGUACGAGAGAGCAGUGAUAUUCCGGCUGGGUCGGCUUCUCUCCGGAGGUGCGAAGGGACCAGGAAUAUUUUUUAUUCUACCCUGCAUUGACUGCUACGCACGCGUCGACCUACGAACCCGGACCUACGAUGUUCCACCCCAGGAAGUCCUAACGAAGGACAGUGUUACGGUCUCCGUAGACGCCGUCGUUUACUACCGAGUGAACAACGCGACAAUAUCCAUAGCCAACGUUGAAAAUGCUCACCACAGCACCAGGCUCCUGGCUCAGACAACCCUCAGGAAUACUAUGGGCACAAGACCACUUCACGAAAUUCUCAGCGAGAGGGAGACUAUUUCGGGAAAUAUGCAAAUAUCAUUGGACGAGGCUACGGAUACCUGGGGGAUUAAAGUAGAACGGGUUGAAAUCAAGGACGUCCGUCUACCAGUUCAACUUCAGAGAGCCAUGGCCGCCGAAGCCGAAGCUGCCCGUGAAGCACGAGCUAAGGUGAUUGCCGCCGAGGGAGAGCAAAAGGCCAGCAGAGCGCUGCGCGAGGCUUCUGAAGUUAUUGGAGAUUCACCUGCAGCCCUGCAGCUUCGGUAUCUUCAGACUUUGAACACAAUUUCGGCGGAGAAGAAUUCUACUAUCGUAUUCCCAUUGCCCAUCGACAUGAUAACUUAUUUCAUGAAGGCAAAAGAAGCGCUAUAGUAAGUUUUCACAAAUUUUAAGUCUGGGUCGCCCUAACGAACGCAACGAUGCUGAAGAAUUUUCACGAUUCGAGUAAGAUUGUACUUUCCGAACUAGACAGGAUAUGUUGCAGGAUUCAUUUGGCGACACUGUUGUACUUGACCUACCUUUAAAAAGUGGAAAUAGCGAGGGAGGUGCACAUUAAAUAGCGUAACAAUGAAUUACAAUGAAACACCCCUGACGAAUUUGGUGAACUCUGAUAUCCGUUCGUGAAACGGAUCGCCGAGCCUGGUGAUAGAAUUUUAAAGAAUUGUACGUUUCUCGAUGAACCGCACAAAGAACGCUCGACUGAAUUAUACACUCGAAGAAAAACAGGAAAUAUUUAUUCUCAGUCAUGUACAGUACAUAUACCUAUAUACGAAGGAUAACGGGGUACCUACGUAUUUUGUAUGGGGAUCAUUUAUUUAAAAUCGUCAAGCGUUACUUUUAAACAAAUAUCGCGCGUCCAAUGGCAUGAUUACGUAACGCGGAAAAAGGCGAAUUUCGUGAUAAACGGGCGUGUAUUUUCGUUCGCGGCAUUCGCUUCAAAAGCACUCUAAACGCAUGUCUACACAAAAAUUGACCUAAAAAUAAACAGGGGUGAAAAGCAUUAUGUUUGAUAUUUGACUCUCUUUCAGCACCAAAUUAUAUUUUUACUUAUCACAUUUGUAAAUGCUGAUUUCGGAAAGAAUUUUCCAAAUUUUCUUAAAAAAUAAUAUAAAAUACAAACGAGGGAUAAAAUAGGCCUUCUUACUUUUACGCGUGGUAAAAGGUCGUAUAAUGGCGCAGAUGUCCUUAUACCGUUAGACACGCGAUAUAAUUCCGUUGUGUGAAGCAUCGAUAGCAAAGAUGCCUCUUUCUAUCUCUUAGCGUUUGCAAAACUUGUCAUUCGCAUCCUGCGUAAAGGAUGUUGAAAGUUAAAUAAUUAUAUAUUCACUCCAAUCUCUUUAAUGUUUACUUAUUUACAUCACAUACUUUGCAGGUAAAAUUUGGUUAGAAUUUUUAUGCUGAACAUAUGAGAUUGAAAAAGAGUCACAUUACUCUGCAAUGAAAAUCUCUUUCUCCUCUUGAUUCACAAUUUUGACGCAUCAUUUCUGCGUGAAUAUACGGGGAAUAAAUUGUACAGGUUAAUGCACAGCCGUGAUAUUUUCUUACCCUUAAAAACGCGACUCGAUAUUAUUUUGCACAGGGUGUUCUAUGGCCCAUUAAUCGAUUACUCAUUUAACUAAGCUCGUUGUAUUUCUAUAAAAAGAAUUCUUCGCACGCGAGAAUUUGACUCUCGCACUACCUAAAUUUAUUCUGCCAAUAAGAAAC